AUGAAGUUAUCCAGGAGGAAGAAGCGUCAGAACUUAUCAGGUGCCGAGAUAUUUCCAGAUUAUGAAGAUGUGUUCCCGGAAGAACUUCCAAAAGGAUUGCCACUUUUGAGGGGAAUAGAGCAUCAAAUUGACUUUAUCCCGGGUUCUAAAAUUCCAAACAAGGUGGCAUAUAGGAGUAACCCGGAAGAAAAAAAGGAGCUACAAAGUCAAGUAAAGGCAUUGCUUGACAAAGGAUUGGUAAAAGAAAGCUUAAGUCCUUGUGUCGUUCCGGUUAAUCUUGUUCCAAAGAAGGAUGGCACUUGGAGAAUGUGUGUGGAUUGUCAUGCGAUUAACAAGAUCAUAGUAAAGCACCACCACCCUAUUCUUCGCAUAGAUGAUAUGUUGGAUGAGCUUAGUGGUGCGUGCAUAUUUUCUAAAAUCAAUUUGAGGAGUGGUUAUCAUCAAAUUAGGAUGAAACCGAGGGAUGAGUGGAAAACGAAAUUCAAGACUAAGUAUGGUUUAUAUGAAUGGCUCUUUAUUCCAUUUGGUUUGACAAAUGCCCCAAGUACUUUUAUGAGACUUAUGAAUCAUGUGCUUAAACCGUUCAUUAACAAGUUUGUUGUUGUCUACUUUGAUGAUAUUUUGGUUUAUAGCAUGUCUCUUGAUGAUCAUGUCUACCAUUUGAUCAAAUUUUUGAUGUGUUGA